ACGCUCGUGAGUGGGAGCAUUCACAACACAUCAUGUUGGUCAAAGUGAGAUUUGGUGAAACUCAGAAGUAUGUUAAAGUUGCCCAAACUGAAGAGGGCUAUGAAGACUACAAUACAUUUCUUCAGAAAGUCAUAGAAAAGUUAGGUCUUCCAUUGCAGACCGAGCUGCAUGUCACAGAUGAUUCUGGGACAGAAGUGGAUGCGGAUGUGUAUGAGGAGCUUUUAAAAGCAGGGAAUCUUAUCAUUCAUGUGUCCACAGAAAAGUCUACAGAGUUGCUUGUGUCCGACACGUCAUCCUCUGUGGCGUCUGAUUCAUCAGAUGCAACAGUGAUUCAUGAUAGAAACAAUGUAUAUAAAAGAACCCACAUUGAGCGGGAAUCAGCAAAUGAGAUGGUGAGAAACGUUCUCCAUUCUAAGCCGGGGGGAGAAAAAAUCUUGCACGAGUAUGACAAAACAAAGACAUUGACGGAUGCUACACGGCGACAAAUGGUAAACCUCCUGGUUGCAGACAUGAUGGAAGUACAUGGGAGAAUACCACCAACCCAUGUGCGAACAAAAUAUGCUGUUGGCAUCACCACUCUAUUUCCCAACCUUAGUGAUCCAUACUCUGGAAACGGAUAUGAACACUACUAUGAUGCAGAAAGUGGGUCUGGCUACUUGGCCUGGAGGAUAAAGACCGUCCAGCGCAACACUGCAGUUCAAUCUCGGAGAUGCUCCACCAGCACUACGUAUGGUCCAAAGAGCAAGAGGGAUUUUCUCCUGGCUGACAAGCAACUGUUCGGCGAGGAAUGCCGUGAGGCAAUAUCCUUAUUGAAACAUUCAACUGAUGUGUCAGUUGUCAAAGAUAAGAUGAUGGCAACAUUUCAAUACCGCCAGACGCUAGUUCAGGACCAGCAAAACUCUGCAACAGUCUUGGAUGUGUUCCCGCGGUUUCUCAACAUCCCCGGCUUGAUUGACCAAGAUUUUACCAUGAUGUUUGGAGAAGAAGUUUCUGGCAGAUUUUUGGCAAAAUGGCCGACGUACUUCAAACCCAGGCUCCUGGCAGACUGCAAGAACCGGACUUCUAAUGAGCAUGUUGAAGAACUCUUGUCUGCGCAGCAAAACUCAAAUGAGUCUGGCUGGGACAGUGACCUGUCAAGCGUUCUACUGCUGGUUCACCUGCUCCCCCCUACGUCAAAAGGCCACAAGAAGAGUGCUAAGAUUAGCUCAUAUCAAGCUGUCAACCAUGUGGCGCGAUAUCUUAAGAUUGGAGCCAGUGUUGAGGCCUUCCUAGGGAGCUUGGAACCAGGACAGCCCUUCCUCCUCUGUGUGGGUGAACAGAAGAACAACAUUCAGAGGUUCUAUGUCAUCGUUGACCAGAAGGCCAUCCCUUGCAAGGCGCAAACAUCCCUGGCAGCUUUCGAUGAGCUUUUCAAGGCACACUUCAUCUUCAGUGUUAACUACCAUGAAUCCCUCAACAGCUUCUACACAUUCAUCCAAACCACAGUGUUUAACAUCGACUUGGGAAGUACCAAGGAAAGUCCCAGGGUAAAGGAACUCAGAGCAAGGCUGUUUCACACUAAUAUUUGAGCUGAUACACGUCCUUGUUUGCAAAUAUGCUGAUAUGUUUUAUUUGUAAGGCACACCAGAAAAGUUCUGCAUUGCUUUGUCAGCAUUUGAGACUUCACCAUGGAUUAUAUCCAGGAAAGACAUUACGUUUGAAAUGUGGACAACCGGGAUGUUCUUUAUCAUUUUGUACGUAUUCAGGGUUCAAAAAACACCUCGUUCGUUUGCACAGGGACACUUGUUCACCAAAUAAACACCUCGUUCGUUUGCACAGGGCCACUUGUUCACCAAAUACUAUUGACAAUGUGGACGCUCAAAGUGAAGGUGAUGAGCCUUCAAGUUCUCAGGCAUUCUGUACAGACACUCCAGUAACUAGCCGGACCUCUGUUGACAAGCAUCAUUUGUUAAACCUGUGUGGAUCUGUUGUAGCACAAUUGCAAGCAUCAGGUGUUGCUGAGAGCACUCUCCAAGCAAUGGUAGGGUCAAUGGAAGAGCUUGUAAAUGACAUUCAUGAGCAAACAAGAGAAGCUGUUCUCAGCUGUACUUCUUCAGAGAUUCAAGCAACCGAUUUGGAAGAAAAGGUGGAAAAUUGUUUUGAUCAAUUGGAAAAUCCUUUCUCAGUCUUAAAUACAGCAGCCAAACGACAGAAGUUCUUUGAGGAAAAGUGGGAAAUAGUUGAACCUGUAGAGUAUGUUCUUGGGGUGCGUUUUGAUUUGCGGAGAGAUCGGACAACAGGAGUUUACAAUCAGAUCCCUGUAACAGAUAAAUUUGUGUAUGUACCCAUCUUGGGAACCCUGAAAUCUAUGUUUAAGAAUAGUGAAUUAUGUGAAAGUUUCCUUCAAGUCAAGCAACAUAAAGAAGGUGUUUAUAAAGAUAUAUGUGAUGGUUCAUACUUCAAAAGUAAUGAUUUGUUUUCCCAGCAAAAACAUGCUCUACAGAUUCAGCUUUAUUACGAUGAUUUUGAGACGGCAAAUCCCUUGGGUUCAAAGAAAGGGAUACACAAGCUUGGUUGCAUUUACUUUAUAUUGAGGAACCUGCCCCCAAAAUGUAAUUCUGUUCUGAUGAAUAUUCAUGUUGUGGCACUUUUUCAUUCACAAGACCUGAGGAAAUAUGGUUUUGAUGAAAUACUAAAGCCUCUCAUUGAUGAUGUUAAAACACUAGAAAUGCAAGGAAUAGAGGUACCUUUCUCAGACUCACCAUUGCGAGGGACUGUUAUUCAAGUAACAGGUGAUAAUCUAGGUUUGCACGGAUUGUUUGGUUUGAUUGAAUCCUUCAGUGCAACAUAUUUCUGUAGAUUUUGUUUAACUACAAAGGAAGAGUCACAAUCUGUCUUCACUGAAGAUAACCCUUGCUUAAUUUUCCGUACAAAAGAAAUGCAUGCAGAACAUUGUGCAUCUCUACAGGAAAAUCCUAUGUUGGCAUCAACAUUUGGUGUCAAGAAGACAUGCUUGCUCAAUACACUAUGUUUUUACCACAUCUCUGAUAACUAUGCAGUUGACAUCAUGCAUGAUUUACUUGAAGGUGUAGUGCAGUACGAAUUGAAACUAGUAUUUCAAUACCUGGUCAAUAACAAGAACCUGUCUUUAGAAACAUUGUCACAGAGGAUCCAAAGUUUCAACUACGGUUAUAUUGAGCGAAAAAACAGACCAAGUGGGUUGAAAAUGGAUGAGAGUAGUAAAGAUCUGGGAUUGAAUGCAAUUCAGUCGUGGUGUCUUGUGCGAAAUGCUCCCCUGAUUUUUGGUGAUGUAAUUGAAAGAAAUAACAGUUACUGGAACUUGCUCCUCCUCUUGAUUCAGAUAGUGAAUAUAGUGUUUUCACCAGUUGUUACCAAUGGUUUGACGUAUUAUUUGAAGCAUUUGAUUAAUGAUCACCACAAGCUGUUCAGAUCCUUGUUUCCUGACAGAAGAUUAAUUCCAAAGCAUCAUUUUAUGAUCCAUUAUCCAAGGUGCAUUCGUAAAAUAGGUCCACUUAUCCAUGUAUGGUGCAUGAGGUUUGAGGCCAAACAUAAUGUUUUUAAACGAUCUGUUAAAAAUUUCAAAAAUAUCACAAAAACCUUGGUAAAACAACACCAGAGACAGUUAGCUUAUCACUGGGAGAAUUUUAAUUUUCAGCGAUUUGAGUUUGGUCCAGUGAGGAAAGAAAUGAUCGAUAACUUGGAGGGUGGUGAGAAUUUAAGUGCUAAGUUUCAGGUGAAUGCAUUUUCUGAUGUGUCAACUACUAAUUGGGUGAAAAACUUUGGAACUGAGUAUCAAAUUGGUAUGUUUGUGUGUAUUACAACAGAUAUGGAAAUUCCUGUGUUCAGAAAGAUCACAAAUAUCAUUAUUAAUGAAGAUCAAGCUUUUAUCUUGACAUGCAGAGUUGACACACUUUAUUUUGAUGACCACUUUAAUGCAUAUUGUAUUGAGGAGAGAGAUGAUUCCUUUUCUGUUAUUUCUAUUGAUGAGUUGAUUUAUUACAGACCGUAUGACAAACAGUUUUCUAAUGAGAUGGAUGAAAAAACAUAUGUAGUGCCACAUUGCCAUUUUGUGUGACCUGUGCUAGAGGAUUGGUUGUCCAUUUGUUAAUGUAAAGCCAGUGCUUUGUUGUGGAUGGUGUGCUUUUUUUAAUAUACAGAUUCACUUGAACUACAA